GCCGCGCCCGGAUUCCGCGCUCAGCCCGAGUGGAGUGGCCGCCAUGUCGGAGCCGGAGCGGCUGGAGAAUCACCGGAUCCGUAACUUCAAAAACAAGGGCCGCGAUGUCGAGACUAUGAGAAAACAACGAAAUGAAAUCACAGUUGAGUUACGAAAGAAUAAGCGAGAUGAACACCUGCUAAAGAGAAGAAAUGUGCCUCAGGAGGAGGGUCUCGAUGACUCUGAUAUUGAUGGUGAUUUCAGAGUUCAAUCAAUCACAUUGUCUGGGAUUGUGCAGGGUGCUUCGAGUGACAAUCCCGUGAUACAGCUCAGCGCAGUUCAAGCAGCCAGAAAGCUUCUGUCAAGUGACCGGAAUCCCCCUAUUGACGACUUAAUCAACUCUGGAAUUUUGCCGAUCCUUGUGCAAUGCCUAGAAAGAGAUGAGAACCCUUCACUCCAGUUUGAAGCAGCAUGGGCAUUGACCAACAUAGCAUCAGGAACAUCAGCACAAACACAGGCUGUAGUCAAAGCUAACGCUGUGCCUUAUUUCUUAAGGUUAUUGCACUCACCACAUCAAAAUGUCUGUGAGCAAGCAGUUUGGGCCCUGGGGAACAUAAUAGGUGAUGGGCCCCAAUGUAGAGACUAUGUCAUCAGUCUAGGAGUGAUAAAACCUCUGCUCUCGUUCAUUAAUCCUUCUAUCCCAAUCAGCUUCUUACGGAAUGUCACAUGGGUAAUUGUAAAUCUGUGCAGAAAUAAAGACCCACCGCCACCAGCAGAGACCAUUCAAGAGUUGCUGCCAGCUCUGGGUGUAUUAAUACAACACAGUGAUACAAAUAUUCUAGUUGACACGGUCUGGGCUCUCUCCUAUUUAACAGACGGAGGAAAUGAGCAGAUCCAGAUGGUGAUAGACUCAGGUGUAGUGCCUCAUCUAAUUCCACUUCUCAGCUGCCAAGAGGUAAAAGUUCAGACAGCUGCCCUGAGAGCUGUGGGUAAUAUUGUAACUGGCACUGAUGAGCAGACGCAAAUCAUCUUGAACUGUGAUGUACUCUCCCACUUCCCAAACCUACUCAGCCACCCAAAGGAGAAGAUCAACAAGGAAGCAGUGUGGUUCCUCUCAAAUGUCACUGCUGGAAACCAGCAGCAAGUGCAAUCAGUCAUAGACGCUGGGCUCAUUCCCAUGAUUGUCCAUCAUCUCACCAAAGGAGAUUUUGGGACUCAAAAGGAAGCAGCAUGGGCCAUCAGUAACCUGACAAUCAGUGGGAGAAAGGAACAGGUUGAAUACCUCGUCCAGCAGAACGUUAUCCCUCCUUUCUGUAAAUUGCUUGGUGUGAAAGAUCCUCAGGUGAUUCAGGUGGUUCUUGAUGGUCUAAAUAAUAUUUUGAAGGGGGCUGGUUCUGACACAAAUACAUUAGUUGAAAUGAUAGAGGAGUGUGGAGGACUUGAAAAAAUCGAAGCCCUGCAGCAGCAUGAGAAUGAGGACAUCUACAAACUUGCCUACGAGAUCAUUGACCACUAUUUCUGUGGGGUGGAGAUUGAUGAAGAUCCUUGCCUUAUUCCUGAAACCACCCCUGGAGGAACUUUCAACUUUGACCCUUCUACAGAGCUUCAGUCAAAGGAGUUUAAUUUUUAAAUAUAUACUCAAUCUGAAGAUAUAAAAUACAGCGAGCGAUUGGUCAUCUAUCAAUCAAUGUUUGUAAAAAUGUAAAAAGCAACAUCAGACUUGGAAUACUGGCUUGCAAAAAACAAGUGCAGCUGUCUGCACGCCAGACUGAUCUUCCAACUACAAACAACAAAGCUGCUUUUAGGCCACUGCUAACCAGCCGAAUCUCCUUCGUUGUUUCCCGCACUAACUUCUGUGAUGCAAUGACUGUGGCACAUCCAGAGACAUGGUGCUGAAACCUAUCCUGUUUGAACAAUCUGUUGGACUGUGCCUCUGUCUUUGGAGAUGGAGCAGUGAAGAAAAUUUCCAAUCCCCCUAUCAUUCCUGUUUUCCUUUUGAGUUUAUUGUAGUGGUAACUGCUGCCUUUCCCUUAUAGCUCCUGUGUCUUAAACCAGUUCCCCCUUACUGAGACUACUUAAAAUACCAUAAAAAAGCCUAAUAUUACAAUCCUGGUUUUGUGAGUUUUGUAUGUAAUCAUAGGAGGCUUAAAAUAUUGGGGAAGUUCCUAUUUUAAUGCAUCAGUAUCACAACACACUCAGAAUUUUCUGUGACAACUAUACUAUCAGUUUGGAUGUGGUUCUCUGCAAGUUCUCAAACAGAAACUGCAAAAUUGGUUCCUUCUCAUUUUACAAGACUUACCAUAAAGAUGCUGAGACGAUUGUUUUCUGUGACUGUACAUCUGAGCAUCCGUGUUACUCUCUAUAUUUGCCUCUAGAGAUGCCUAACAAAAUUAUGGAAUUAAUACUGUCACUUCUGGAAACUGUUUUCAAGACAGCAAAAAGCAUUAACAUUCAGAUGUGAAGGCAGUCGGCUCCCAGGAGUUCUGCACCUUUAAUCUAUUACCUAAAUAAGACUCCUUUCAUGACAGAUUUUGCAAUUGACUGAAGUGCACUAUGGUAUUUAUAAGUACCUUUCACUGCUGGUGUACAUUUUAGCAAUAUGUUUAGCAUCACUGAAAAUGCUCCACAGCCAUUUUAAACAUUGAUGUGUUACUGCAUGAAACUGGUGUGUAUAUAUAUAUAUAUAUAUAUAUUAGUUACUCACAUACAGUGUCACAUUUUUAUACGAGAUGCCUCAAUUCAUUUUAAUAAUUAAAGGAUCAUUAAUGUUAACUGCAAAAUCAGGGCUUUAAAUACUGCUACAUGUGGUUUUGAAAAUCCAAUUGAUGUGGUUGGGUUUUUGUAUUUCCAUAGGACAUAAAGAAAAGCAGUUUAUAAUUCAGCUCAAGUUUUGCUUAGUCAUGUUAAAAGAAAUUGUUUUCAGUGAACAAAUAAUUAAAUGUUUUGGUGCAGUU